AGGACACACAUUCCCAGCCAAAGGUUGCAAGGUAAAACAUUCACACGAGCUCUUGAAACGGCUUCGCGUUCUGGAAGGGAGUCACAGUCGGGGCCAAAGGCGGCAAAGCAUUCUUUCGCGGCCCUCUCGCAAGCAUGACAUCGCUGUCGCCUGAAAGGUCCGUUGCGAGGGUCUAUCAGGCCAAGAUAUAUAUCCGUCGACAUGCGCCGCCCUGAACGAUGAAGAAUAUACAAGUACCACAACAACCAGUCCUCUUCUCGCAUACAGUACAUUGCUUGCAUAUUUUGCUCUGCAGAUACACUGCCUCGCCUGAACCAAGAGAACCCUUUCUUCACGACUUUCUUUUACCGCCUGGUCGGGAUCUCCAACCAUGCAUUACCUCUUCGCGACCAUUGCAACGCUGAGUGCAUAUGCCCAUGCGGCCCCCAUUUCCACCGGAACAGAAGCUGUCGGUCCACGGGCCAUUACAGAGCGCGCUGCCUCACCGGAUACUGUCACACCAUGGAACAUUGCCGAGCGUGGCACCUUUCUCGACAAGGACCCAUUUGCAAAGGAGCCCUGUGCCGACGCAUACAUCAUGGCGCCGUAUUGCGUUCAUCCAGGUGAACAACCUUCGAUUGAACAGCAGCGCGAAAAUGCCCUUGCUACCCCAGCCAAGGAAUUUUUCGUAAAGAAGGAUGUCUUGCCAGAUUCAGUCACGCCGUGGAACAUUGCCGAGCGCGCCCCUGAUUCCACUCAGCCGUGGGACAUCGCCGAGCGCGACCCCGACUCCACUCAGCCGUGGAAAUCUGUCGUCGAACGCGAUCCGGAUACCGUGACUCCCUUGGACAUCGUCGAGCGCGACCCCGACACUGUAAAUCCCUGGAAGCGCAAUCCAGACACCGUGAACCCAUUGAAGCGCACGCCCGACUCAACUCAGCCUUGGGAUAUCGCCACACGCGAAGCUGAAGCCGAUUCAACCACACCGUGGGACAUCGCCGCACGUGAGCCCGAUUCAAUUACUCCUUGGGACAUCGCUGAACGCGACCCCGACUCCACUCAGCCCUGGAACAUCGUUGAGCGCGAGCAAUCCUCGUAAGACUGCCGCUCUACUGGUGAAGCGCCCUGAUAUCUUGCUUUGAUGGAAAUGGCCAUAACGCCCGCGACGGGAAGAUGAUGGAUAUUGGCGGCACGCCUGAAAUGGAUCGAGACUUAUGAAUGUCCUUUCUGGCAACUCAAGAGAUAAUGUGUCUUCAUUCAAAGAACACAAUCAUGUCUGUUUUGAUAGCACUCUUCUAUGUCUUUAUGAAUACUCACGAUCUUUUACAUGUUCAUGCAAGGCGCGGUUGUAAUUGUGAAUCAUCGUUUCGUGUCUGGUACUAAUUUGCGAGGGAGGUGACGACCACUAUGACACAUCCUGACAAGGAGUCGACAGAAC